UAUUUACUGUCAGUCGCCACUUGGAUAUCCAAUAUGACACAACGAACACACCUCCAACUGUUGCUGAUACCUUCGGUGAUCCUGUUACUUUCACUUGUUGCGCAACCCGUUGAUUCGAUUGUCGGCGGUCAGAAUGCCGUCGAGGGUGAAGCUCCCUAUCAGAUCUCACUGCAGACUCUCGUAGGAAGUCAUCUCUGUGGCGGCGCCAUCCUAGCACAACGAUGGAUAUUCACCGCAGGACACUGUGUCAGGGGUUGGCCAGUGGAUCGUCUGCAGGUUGCUGUGGGCACCUUACGCUACACUCAACCGGGAGCUGUCUAUUAUCCCAGUGCCAUCUAUUUACACUGCAACUACGAUUCUCCCAAGUAUCACAAUGACAUUGCGUUGCUGCAGCUAAAUGAAACUAUUAUCUACGAUGCACUUACUCAGCCGGUGCCAGUGGCAACUGAAUUCACUCCAGUGGGCACUUCUCAGAUUGUUUUUACCGGCUGGGGCACACAAUCGGUAUCAGGUACAACGCCCACCAUAAUGCAACGUGUGUAUCAAAAUCGCAUUUCUGGGGUGGAAUGUGCAACGCGACUCUCGUUGUACGACGAUGUGGAACUAGGACCGUGUCAUCUCUGCGCUCUCAGACAGCUAAAUGUCGGCGCCUGUCAUGGGGAUACGGGCGGACCUCUGGUUCACGAUGGUCAACUGAUUGGCAUACUCAACUUUGUGGUACCCUGUGCCACAGGAGUUCCAGAUGUGUUCAUGGAUGUGCGUUAUUACACGGACUGGAUGCGACAGGUGAUGAGCGGCAAUAGUCGUUGUGGACAGGUGUAUCAGAAGAUUAUUAAUUAGUUACUUCAUUAUGAAU